UUAAUAUUAAAGUCUUGAAGCCAGCAGCUAUUGUUAAGGGCACAGUGUAAACAAUAGCAAAUAGUUUCCGGUAAAUGCAUUACAAUCAGGUCAGUCAAGGAUUGGCUUUCUACGGCAGUACGUCAUUUCGGUGUACGGGAAGCGCUCUGGUGUCGAUAUUUUAACAGCUAGUUGGUAUAAGAACCAGUUCAAGUCAAGUCAUCUCACUUGAAUCAAGGCUAAGGUUUAAUUUAAGCCUUAAGAUCGUUGAUCAUAAGUUCUAGAKUUCAAUACAAGUCAAACAGCAACAUUACAUCAAUUAGUGAAUCGCUGAGAGGACCAAAGAAUUCAAUCGAACARCUGAACRCACYGAUCUUCMAACCAUAAAAUCAUACAACUGAUCUCUAGUGUUGCUCACUACAACYACAUCUUCAGAAAUGUCKUCYACAGUGAAUGUAAUGAAUAACUUGUCGAUGACUACAGCCACACCCCAGCCUGUCCAAGAAUCMCCCGUAUGGUACUGGGUCGUGAGUUUACUAAUCUCCAUAGUAACAAGCAUUGGCAAUGGAAUUGUGAUGUAUUUGAUAAUAAGCCGUCCUUCUCUYCAUUUGACGAACAAUUAUUUCAUUCUAUCGCUGGCCGUUGCSGAUAUCAUGACGGGUGUUUUCGUAAUACCAUCUACGUACAUAUUUGAAGUACUGAAAAUCUAUGAUUUACGGUUCGACGUUGUCCUCGUAUUCAUAAAUACGUUUUUCUUUGCGUCUGUAUUUAACGUGUGCGCGUUAACGCUGGAUCGUUACAUAUCAAUUGUUAUCCCGUUGAAGUAUUUUCUGUAUAUGAAUAACAAGAGAGUCAUAAGUAUAAUAGCCUUAGCCUGGAUUAUUCCCUUUAUAAUCGCAGGUAUUUAUCUCAUUUUGAAGUAUUACGCUCCUGAAGCAAACCGUGUAUACGAACCGUUACAGAUAUUCAUAUGCGUAAUCGUACCAAUCAUUCUUAUGUUGAUUAUUUACGUACGUAUUUAUAUCAUCGCACGUAGACUCUCCAAACAAACCAGCCAAACCACGAACCAGUUACGUUUCAAUGACGCAAAUGCAAAUGGAACAACGGAAGAUACAGUUAUUAUGAAGAAAGAACGUCGUGAGAGACGUAACCGCGAAGGUUCCGUAGCGGUGCUGGGUGCGGUUAUCAUACUUUUUGCGUUAUGUUGGCUUGUGCCUGUUUAUAACACUAUAUGCCAGAUAUUUCAAGUAUGCCCGUUUUCGUUUAUAUCCAUAAAAGUGGCCAAUAUACUUCUACAUCUAAACUCGUCCAUAAACCCCAUAGUUUACGCUGUACUCAAGAAAGACAUACGUAGGGAGCUACUGAAAAUAUUCUGUGGAAGACAACGACAAUCGGUUGGUGGAAGUUUUGGUACUAACUCUACGUAUUCGUUCGCUACGAAUACGUCGACGAAAAUAGAGAUGCGUUACUCAUACACGUGAAAGAGUAUGUUUUACGGAAGACACAGACGAACGCUAGGUGAACGUUUUGCUACUAACUCGAAUUAUUUGUCCGCUGUAACUGUGCCGCGUCUCAAGCAAGAGAGUGCGUCUGAUCGAAGAGAAAGCUUACCAUUCACCCUACUCAGUACGGGUAGCAUUUUUGUUCCAACACAGCAAACCCGAAGGAAAAAAAAMCCUGACAACUCCACCUAUUGUAAAUCUGAUAAUCGACGUAAGAAUUAUACAAAUAUAUUAGCAUACUYAUCAUAUAAAUGUAUAUAUUUUGCAACCAAAAUGUUAUGCUUUCUCAUUUCUCAUCUUUGGGAAAAUAGAGGUCAUUCUCGAGGAURAUGAGGGCGGGGAUAAUAAUAUUCAUUACAAUUUGUAUAAACUAUGGAAAGCAUUAUAAUUGUUUUAUCCAAAAUAUGUUUCAUGGUUUUAAGAUUUGCAUUCUAUGCCUUGAUAAUUUCUACAUCUAUUUUAUCACAUUGACGGGUUUUGGAGCUAGUUUCGCCCAAAAUACUUCAAGAAAGUAAUUAUCAUAAGUCUUCCACAAAACCUAUUAAAUUUCUUUCCCUAUUAUCCAUAUAUCAAGUGUUAUGGGGGUAAGGGGGUCGUAACUCCCUACUUCCCACAAUCACUUAAUAAAUCAUKUAACAAAUCUACAAAGGCUAUUGUCAUAUGCACCUUAUUUUCUGAAAUAUUACAAUACGCGUUUCCUAGCUUGACAUCAAGCUGAUCCAUGUUGUACUGAAUUUUCAAAAUAAUAAAUUGGGAUUCCUGUGUAAA